AUGAACAUCAACUUACCAGAGCAAUCACGGACAAAUACAAGAACGGAGACGCCAACAGAUUUUUGCCCAAGUACUCCCGGGGAUGUUUCUCCAACCAAUACUCUGUUGUCUCAAAAACGAGAACGAUUUGCUAAGGGCAUCAAAGUAUUCAAACAUGAUCAUCGCACUUACCUAACUUGCUUUGGUGCACUUCACGUCAAGAUUUAUGAAGGUGAAGAGCAACGACGUCCCAAUCUCAAGUUAUUCUCUGUUCCUCUAAUUCCAGUUGUGGUUUGCCUACUCUUCCUUUUUGUGGGCGUUUUGCAGAAAAAAGCAAAGCUCUUAUAUCCAUUUAUUGCAUUCCAGGUUUUCGUCGCAUUUGUUACAGCAAUAUCAAUGGGUAUGAUUGCUAUAUCUGUGGCUUGUAAUACGAAAUACAUUUUGCGACUGAUAGUGGAUGUAACCUCGGACGAAGCUAUUUAUCGAAGCUCUGCGUUGAAAAUUCUGACUGUGCUUAGCCUCAGUCUAUUCGUGCAAAUUUGGUAUCUGCGAACGGUCUGCACUUGCUUUCGAUACUUCACCGACCUUCAACGUUUCAAGGACGACAACGAAGCCCUUGUAUUCGUCUAA